AUGAGUACUAUUACUCCCUCGCCAAGUGGGCUCCAGGUCCACCAAGAAGAAUACGGUGUUGGUCUCACGCUUCACAAUUCGACUUACUAUUCAAUUGCACCAAAACAGAAGAAGCUGCCAGUAAAGGUGCAAACUAUUAUCCAGCAGCUCAUUAUCCUCAGUGUCCUUGUCGAUUUUUAUAGGUCCCAGAGACCAAGCAAGAACAAAAACCAACAGUUGUCUACAAAGGUUCAAGAUGAAGCUUUAUCCUUGCCGUCCACAGGUGGAAUUAGUGCGGCUACCCGACACUAUAGCGCUGGAGCCAAUAGCGUCUCCAAUGUCGUGCUACUAUUCCCGGGGAAGCGCAGGCACUGCCACUGGUGGAUACUGUACUGUCCAGCACAGGAAUCAUAUGCAUCGGAAGCGCCGAGCAUCGGGGAUAAGCGGGCUGGCUCGCCAGGCUCUGGCAAUCAAUCUGGCCAAAAGAAAAAGGGAUCUGGCCGCGAGAACAACGACCGGAACAGUGGCAAGGGUGGCAAAGGAAAUGGACAAAGCCCGGGCAAAAAGAAAAGAGGCUUUGGUCCCCAUCAGCCUUUUACCAAGAAGCUUGCAUGUCUAUUUUUCAAGCUUGAUCCGCGCAAAUAUCAAUGCUGUGCUGGGUACAAAAUAACCGAGUGGGACCGUCUUUUGCAACACCUCAAACGGCAACACCUCAUCGAAGGAGAACAUUGUCCCAAAUGCCGGGAUGAAUUUUACGGUGAGGACGCUGAGACCGAAAAGAACGAGCAUAUCCGCCAGGAUACUUGCGUUGAAGAAACUGCUCUAGAAACCGGGCUACUUCUUGAAUCUGAGUAUGAAGCCCUUAAUGGUCUGCAUGGUACUCACGAAGAAAAAUGGUACAAAGCAUGGAAGAAGCUGUUCGGAGAACAGGCAGCUCCCCAUUCGCCAUUUUUCGAAACUGUAGACUGUAUGCUGGAAGUGCAAUACAGUGUUAUGGAGAGAGAACUGCCGACUAUUUUACAGUCGUUUCAUCACGAUGCAUUGGCUAGACCGGAAGGUAAUACUGCCUCCACCACUAUCGGCUCUAUACUCAGGCUGUUACGGAACCCGAUUCCUACCUCCAAUCCACUUACACAGGAAGGACCCCAGGCUGUGUUGGCGCCUUCAGUGCCGGCACAAAUAACGUUUGUGCCAGAUAUGCCACCUCUUCAGGAUCCAGAGACUUGGUCAAAUGCCAUGGAGCCCUUGAGGCCCAGUACUGACGAUGUACCUGAUCAGCCAUACAUUCCAGUGAUGGAGGCGGAACCAUUUGGAUACAUGUUGCAUGAAAUGCUUUGGCGCCAGCCCUUGGAUGAACUUCCUGUGUCAUUUGAUGAGGAUGAAGCCUUUCGUCAGUGGACGAAUUACUCAGAUGGUGGAGAUUAUUUUGGAGAGCUUGAUAACAGUGAACAUACUUAA